AUGAAGCUAGGUUUCAUCGUGACAGCCCAAACAGCCGCAAGCAAUCUUCACCCGUCGAAUCCGAAACCAGUCAUCAAAAUCUCGCCAAAAAAAUCUACACGAGAAAUAUUGCUCACAGUGAAACCUCAAGACGGAGUCAAGACCCUCGACUCGAACUCGUUCAGUACCCGUGGCUACCAGCUACUGUGCAUUUUAGCUUUAGAGGGAGACAGCAGAUAUGCGAGCCCGGCGUGCUGCGCGCGGAGUAGAGUGAGACAGAUAGAGAUGCGCGAGCGCAACGCAGCCGCCAAACAUUGGUAG